CCCUUUUCUUCCCUCCAUUUCUCUUGUCUGCCUCUCUCCUCCCCUUCCUGUCAGCCAUGCCCAAGGCCAACAAAACCGCAUCAAAUCCUGCCCCAGGAGCCUUUCGCCGAAGUCUGCGGCCCAGAACAUCCGAUAACUACGUUGUCAACAUCGACGCACCAAGGAUCUCCCAGGAUACCUUCUUCUCCAUCCCUGAACUUCUACACCUCCUCGCCGAAUAUCUCACACAGAAUGAUCUAAAGGCCGCCAUCCGCGUCAGCCGUGUCUGGAAUACCAUUUGGGUUCCCUAUCUCUAUGAAACGCUAUUCUUCCGCAAGUAUCGGCGGACCCGCAACUACCCCAAGAUGCAUUCAUAUGGUCAUCAUGUCAAGAGUCUCGAGCUCAUAUCCGUAAAAUGGAACAAUCUCGAUUUCCUUCUCAACUUUACCGCCAGCCUACACUCGCUCUUCCUCCGCAACACAAAAUUGAGCACUUUGCAGCUUCAGGAUCUCGCUGAGAUAGCACCACAGCUUCGAGUUCUACAUAUCACCUUGGGGCAACGCUCGCCAAAGCCAUUGGAGUGCCAGAUGACUCCUGUGUCUGCAUUCAAGCACCUGGAGGACUUUUACUGGAGUGCCCUGACAGAUGUCCGCAUCGACGAUAUCCUUUUCGUGCUUAAAUCGUGUUCUCAUCUCAAGUCACUGGCCUUGACAAUCAACACACUGGUCGAGGAACUUGACGAGGCCAAAGUUGAGGAGAUUGACGGCUUCAAAAACAGCAGCUUGAUCGUCGAUGUUGUGCCAGAGUUGGUCAAAGUGGACGAUGCCGGCUGGGCAAGCACGUCACUCCGAGCGUUGAGCUGGGGCAAUGUGAUGUUGGGACCACGACAAUCCUGCUUGGACGACUCGAAACAACCACACCCUUGCAUCCGCCGCCUCUUUCUGCACACACCAAAUCUCAGAAAGGUCAAAAUCAGUGGCAAGAACAACAUCGGUGCUCAGGACUGGGACUGCAUGUUCGAGAAUCAAGCUAGCAUCCAAGAGAUCGAGCUUGCGUUGCGUUUCUUAGUAUUCGAAGGCGGUUCUCGAGUCGGCGAUUCGGGGUUCUUGAAUGCCGUGUCAAAAUCAUGCCCAAACCUCAAAAAGUUUACUGCCAAGCAUAUAUCACCUACAACGGACGAGGCAUUUGCGGGAGUGAUGCGGGUCAACCACGGGCUUCAAAAGGUCAGCGUCAAAUGUACGGAAUUCGCAGACUUGGCCCUCCAUCAAUUGGCACGCCUUCCUCAAAUACUCACUUCAGCAGGGGCUUCGCAUAGCCUUGUUGAACUCGAUGUGGAGGGAUGUCUUCAGAUCACCAGCCGUAGUGCCAUCGAGAUAUUCGAGAACUGUCCUCUCCUGCGCAAUUUGAACUUGUUGGGUACUCGAGCCGGUACAAUCGAACUAUUCAAGGGAUGCAAGUCCUGGCCUUGUGCCAAGGUGUUGGAGAGGCUACGCAUGGAUAUACAACCACUCGACUAUCAACCCCGGCCGCGCAAUGCAGGUUGGAUGUUACCUGGACAAGUAGAGGUGCCUUCUCUUAAUCCAUACGCGCCUGUGGAGCAGGAGUUGAUCAGGGAACGGCUGUACUCGCUCACUUCCCUCCUCGGUCUCGAACUCAAGGGUGACGCGAUGACAUAUGAAAUCUUGGAGGACUUUUCGUUUGCGCCGAAACUUCAAAAGGCUAUUCUGUGUGUUCCGUAUAAGUCAAAUGACUAUAGAAUGAAUCGAGAAGCGAGAGAAAUGGCCCUGGAGCGUGGCAAGGCAUUGUUCCCGAACUGGAUUGUGUGGGGUGGGGUCAGCUAUGCCUCCUCGCGACUUACCAGUAUGAUCACUGCCAAUGUCAGUAGGGACACAUUUGUAUUCUAAGUAUGAUAUAAUUAAUUAAAAAGCAAGCUUGUUUAUAAUAAACUAUUUGUAUAGUACAGCGCGGACUAAAACCAUGGACGAUACGAUGUUGGCGCAAUUCAAGAGUCCGAAUCAAGGAUCGCUUUCGUUCGCGAUGGUCAAUGUGCACAUCGC